GCGAUAUUUCGUGCGACUUCGUCUCCCAGAGGUUUUCUCGUUCUAAUCGACGACGGAGUGUCUUCUCCACUUGCUCAGGUGAGUAUCGAGUAGAUUGAGGGUUGAAUUGGUUCGAUUUUGUGGUGGAAACUCGAAACCGUUUUCUCGGAUUUCAAUUCAAAAUUGGGGCUUUCGCGUUAGGGAUGUAAAUCGAAGUCUGGGUUUCGAAUAAUUGCUGUAAAUCGUCAUGAUCGUUUCAUGUAGGGUUCGUUUCUCUGAAUGUUCGAAAGGGAUUUGCGAUUUGUGUGAUUUAAAAUCGAUUUGGGGUUUUUUAUUUAGGGUUCUUAAUCGAUAUGGGAGUUCAAUUGUGGUAAUGUGUGCUAAUAAUCUGUCGUUAAUGUGUGCUAAUAAUUGCGAUUGAGGGUUCACGGUUUGUUUAAAACUCGAUUGUUGCAGAUGGAAACUCCCCGAGAACCUCAUUUCUUCAAGCCUCUUCUUCCUGGUUUUCAAAGUGGCGUCGCAAUAGCACUUGACUUCUACUCAAAACACAUACAAGGGGCUGAGAUCAAUAAACCAUGGAAGCUAAGAUCGGACGCUUCAGAUCAAAUUUGGGAGGUGAUCCGAGAAGGCAGGACACUCACCAAAGGUUGGAAAAAGUUCACCGAAGCACAUGAUCUUCGAAUCGGUGACAUUGUCAUCUUCAAACACGAAGGAGACAUGGUCUUUCAUGUGACUCCUUUUGGUCCUAGCUGUUGUGAGAUUCAGUAUACACAUCCUCACAUCGUUAAGGAAGAAGCCGACGCAGAUGAUGCUCCUACUUUCUCAUACGACUACUGCUUCUUGGCUGAGGUUACUCCUACAAAUCAAAAGGACGACAAAAUGUUUCUUCCUGUGGAAGCUAUGAGGUGUGGUGCUUUGAACCAACAAUGCAAAGAGGUCAAACUUGUCAACAAGGAGGGAAAGUCAUGGACUGCGCGCUUCGGAUUUAGCGAAUCAGACGGCGCAUAUUACAUCAGCAGAGGGUGGAGAAAGUUCUGUCGUGAUAACAGAUGCACCAACGGAGAUUUGUUUGUGUUCAACGUGGUUGGAGACGGGACGACAACUCCAUUACUGUGUGUAUGUCCGGAAAGAGUGUACUGAACUACUAAUCAAGCACUUCAGCAGAAUCGAUGGUAAGUCUUCUCAUUUGACUUGUUUGUGUUGUCUAUAUCUUCAAUGUUACUACUUUGCUUCUGCUUUAACUUGUGUUCUCUUCUUCUACAGGUAGCAUUGCUUCUACCUCACGAAAUUAGAUGGCUCUUUUGCGGUCUUUCCUCUCUAUCAUCUUAACUUGUUUCUUUUUGUUUCAUUAGCAACUUAUCAACUUAUGUAUUUCGGUUUGUAAAACUUGAAUGGUUUUUCUAUGUGAACUUUUAUCCUAAGUUAAACAUUCUCGAACUUAAUUCCUUUGUUGAAUGCGUAGACUGAUCAUCGAACAAAAUGUUUCUAUGAAUUGAAUUUAAGUUAAGAAACAACAUAAAAUUUUAAAACAUAGCUUUUCUACAUUUGAAAACACAAACCAAAACUUAAACUCCAAAACUAAAACAUAGGUUGAAUAAAAUGUUUUCAUAAAUUUUAUAAUAUAUUUUAAUAUUUUAUUCAUGUAUUCUGAAUAAUUUUAAUUUU